CUGUCUGUCUGCCUGUCUGUCUGUCUGUCUGUCGGUCUGUCGGUCUAUCUGUCUGUCUGACAGACAUUGGGCUGGUGGAGACAGGCAGCGCCGGUGUUUGUGAUGGGAGCUCGCUAAAGUAGGAAGGGCGACUAUACCUUUAAGUGAAAGAAAACGAAACAAGAAACAAUCAGCGGUGUCGCUGGGUCGCUUAGCUAGUUCACUGGGGCUUACAGGGGCUUUCGAUAUGACAUUUCUUAAACUAAUUCUCAUGUUUUGCUGCCUCCGAGAUAUUACAGGUCAGUUUGGAAAACCCUUGAACAAAUAUAUUCGCCAUUAUGAGGGUUUAUCAUAUGACACAGAAGCCCUGCACAACAGUCACCAGAGAGCUAAGAGGGCACUCUCUCCUCAAGACAGGACCGUGCACCUGGACUUUCAUGCACAUGGCAGACAUUUUAACUUGCGGAUGAAGAGAGAUACAAAGCUGUUUCAUCCAGAUGUCGUCAUUGAGGUAUCAGGAGAGCAGGGACCCAUUGAUACAUCACAUAUUUACAGUGGAGAAAUCUUUGGUGAAAAGGACACUCUGACCCACGGCUCCGUGGUUGAUGGGCGCUUUGAGGGAUUCAUUAAAACCCACCAAGGCACAUACUAUGUUGAACCCUCAGAGAGGUACCUCAAGGACAACAAUGUUCCCUUCCACUCCAUCAUGUAUCAUGAGGAUGACAUCAAUUAUCCCCAUAAGUAUGGCUCAGAGGGUGGCUGCGCAGACCACUCAGUGUUUGAGAGGAUGAGGAAGUACCAGGCAUCUGGAGUAGAGGAGCCAGUCAAAGGGGUGAACAGUGUGUCGGAGGAGGAGAGCUCUCACCGUCCUGUUAUUCUGAGGAAAAAGAGAGCAGCGGCAAAAGAGAAAAACACUUGCCAGCUCUUCAUUCAGACUGACCACCUUUUCUUCAAAUACUACGGCACCAGAGAGGCUGUUAUUGCCCAGAUCUCCAGCCAUGUAAAGGCCAUUGACUCCAUUUACCAGGCCACAGACUUCAUGGGUAUCAGAAACAUCAGCUUCAUGGUUAAAAGGAUCAGGAUCAAUACUACAAACGAUGAAAAGGACAAAACCAAUCCUUUCCGCUUUCCCAACAUUGGAGUGGAGAAGUUUUUGGAGCUUAACUCUGAACAGAACCAUGAUGACUACUGCCUAGCCUACGUCUUCAGCGACAGGGACUUUGAUGAUGGGGUGCUUGGCUUGGCUUGGGUUGGGGCUCCUUCAGGAAGCUCUGGUGGCAUCUGUGAGAAGAGCAAACUGUACUCUGAUGGGAAGAGAAAGUCUCUGAACACUGGCAUCAUCACUGUGCAGAACUAUGCCUCCCAUGUCCCUCCAAAGGUGUCACACAUCACCUUCGCUCAUGAGGUUGGGCACAACUUUGGCUCUCCUCAUGACUCUGGAAUUGAAUGCACCCCUGGAGAGUCCAAAUUGCAGGACAAAAAGGAGCGGGGUAACUACAUCAUGUACGCCAGAGCCACAUCAGGGGACAAACUCAACAAUAACAAGUUCUCCAUCUGCAGCAUCCGCAAUAUAAGCGCUGUUCUGACAAAAAAGAGAGACGAUUGUUUUGUCGAGUCUGGCCAGCCUAUCUGUGGUAACGGACUAGUGGAAGAAGGAGAAGAGUGUGACUGCGGCUACAGCGAUCAGUGUAAAGACGUCUGCUGCUAUAGCGCCAAUGAAGGGGAGGGAAAAAAGUGCAAACUCAAACCUGGCAAAAUCUGCAGUCCCAGCCAAGGCCCAUGUUGCACAGCAGAGUGUGCUUUCAAGGGUCCAAAUGACAAGUGCAGAGUGGAGUCCGAGUGUGCUCAGGAGGGCAAGUGCAAUGGAGCUACUGCUCUGUGUCCUACCUCAGAACCAAAGCCAAACCACACCUCUUGCCAUUCGGAAACGCAAGUCUGCCUCAAUGGGGUAUGUUCCGGUUCCAUUUGCGAGAAGUACGGUCUGGAGGUAUGCACCUGUGCCAGCGAAGAAGGCAAGGAUGAGGCAGCUGAGCUGUGCCACGUGUGCUGCAUGGAGAAAAUGAACCCCAGCACCUGCAGCAGCUCAGGCUCGGAAAAAUGGGCCAUGUUCUUCAACAAGAAGGUCACGACGCUGCAGCCCGGCUCACCCUGCAAUGAUUUUAAGGGCUACUGUGAUGUGUUCAUGAGGUGUCGUCUUGUGGAUGCAGACGGGCCUCUGGCAAGGCUUAAAAAAGCCAUCUUCAAUGCAGAACUCUAUGAGAAUAUUGCAGAGUGGAUAGUGGCUCACUGGUGGGCAGUGCUGUUGAUGGGCAUCGCUCUUAUUAUGCUAAUGGCUGGCUUCAUCAAGAUCUGCAGCGUCCACACCCCCAGCAGCAACCCAAAACUGCCCCCACCAAAGCCACUGCCAGGUACACUGAAAAGGAGAAGACAGCAGCAGCAGCAGCAGCAGGCAAACCCACAACAACAGGCCACGCGGUACCACCGUCAGCAAAGAGAGAACUAUCAAAUGGGACAGAUGAGACGCUGAGACACUGGUCUGCUCUUUGCCUUGGUUCUUCCUAGUGCCUACAAUGGGAGCACUUCACUCCAAAGAGUUACCUUUACCACAUAUUGCAAAAUUCAAAGAACUUGCAACUGGAUUGAUUUCACUGGACAAAGCCUGAAUGAGUUUUUUUUUUGGGCCUAACAAACUCGCCUCUGCUCUGAGAAAUCAGAUUAGCAGUGGUUCACACAGCUUUUAUAGGAAAUAAAUAACUUUUCCAAGGAGGAGAAAUUCACUGAUCUCUGUUAUGCGGUCUUAAUCUCAUUUUGUUUCUGUGAAUGCUUUUUUUCUUUUUUUUUUUAGCAGAAAAUGGAGGAGAGAGAAGAAGCUUUCACCUUCUUCUGUCCUCCAUCUGUGCAACCUUUUUCCUUUCCUGUUCUUCCUCUCUGAAGUGCUGCCAUCAUCAGCACGAUAGCAGCACUGCAAGUCACAGUUUUUUUGCUGCCAAUCACAAACAGCAUUGAGAUGUGUUUUUUUGCCAAUGUAAUUAGAUUGUUUUAAAUCAAACUUCCAUCAAAAAUUGAAGCUUUUUAUUUCUAAAGCGUACAUGUUCUUUCAGUGUGCAGUUGUGCAGAUGUUACAGUAGUUUUUUUUUUGUUUCAAAUGAAAUUGAUUUUCUGUAUGAUAAAGAUUAUUUACUCUUUUAAUUCACUUUCUCAGGAUUAAUAAAACAACCGCAAACAUUGAGUGGAAAAGAUGGCUGCCUGUGUAUUUCAGGGUAAAUCCCUCCUGGCUGAAGCCUCUACAGAAGGGUUCACGUUAGCUGCAGAGGACGGUUGUAUGAAAAGAAUGUAGAUAAAUGAGCUUAAUAAGAUUACGCUGUCAGACGGAGGGCUGUAGAGGGGAGAUUGAUUAUCUGGAUAUGUAUAUUUCAUGUUGUUAUGUGGUUUUGCAGCUGCGUUUACAUAAAUGUAUAGUCUGGGGCUGAAAUGAAUGGUGAGAGAAUAGCUUUUUAUCAACCUGAUUGUAUCACACUUUUAUUCUGUCGUGGCUGUUUUACCCUGGCUCAUUGCUUUGGCACUGAUUUGUGACACAUUUGUAAAACGACCAUUUUGAGCUGCAGAUGAGUGCGUUCUUACAUUCAGAAUGAGACAUGUUGAAAGCAUAAAGGAGAAUGUGUUAAAACUCAACUCUGGGGACAAAGCAUCCUACAUAUAUAAGUCGUUACUACAGAAAUGUGUCCUGGUGUUAUUGUCCCACGUUUUCACCUUUUGAAUUUCACACACUGGUAGUUGUUUAAGAAAUCUGUUGAAACCACUCAAAAGCCGUUAGAUCUUCUGGGCCUCUGUAGCCAGAUGAGCGUUUCUGGUUUAAAUGUGAUUGUAAAUUUAGCUUUUAUUGAUUUUACUUGCAGUUCAGAUUAUUUGUAUAUGUGGAGGAAUUGAAUCAAUUGAGGGAAAACUAGAGCUUCUAAUUUUAUUGUUGCUUUGUUGCUGCUGUUAACAGACAUUUACCAGAGCGAACAAUCACUUUCCGCCAUCCACCGCUGUUCUGUCCUUUUAUUUUCCUACUGAUUGUGAUUUUCUCAAGGAACUUUGUUACCCUUGUUGCACCCUCUUGGUUUGUGUAAUUGCAUUAAAAACGUGCCUACUCAGAGCAGUGUGACUGAAGUUGGUGUGCUGUGUCAGUGAUCUUCACCAAGGCUGAAACCAUGCAUGAGGUUGCAGUUUAUCCAGACUGGACUGCUGAAAUUAAGGAAUUGUAUUGGAAAUGAUGUUGUUUAGUGCUUGGCAGUGUAUGAUAAUCAUAGGAAAUGUAAGUUUUUUUAUAUACAAAUAUAUUGACCAACACAUGAAAACUUUCAUAUUAUAAUCUAAAUUUUUUUUCAGAUUUCUGAGAGAUUAUAAUUAGUACUAUAUUUACAUUAUAUAAUAUAAUAAUAUUGCCCAGCUCUAGUUUGUUUUAUCUUUAGUUUUCAGUUGUCUCCAGCCAGAUUAAACGUGGGUCAACAGGAUGGAUGAAAGUGCAGAAUGAGAGUUGAGUUAUAUAUAUUUGUGUAUGUGUAUGUAUGUGUAUAUAUAUAUAUAUAUAUAUAUAUAUAUAUAUAUAGAUAUGUAUAGUUUAUUAAAAUUACUUUAGGAGGGAACAGCUCGGUUGAGAAAGGAGGGACUGUCUUUUUCUUACCCUUGCAAAAGAGUUGUAUCAAGCGCAGCUGCAGCUCAGCAUUGUUUUUCUGUGCAAGGCGUGAGGAUGUUGCGUUAUCGAACUGACCGAUUCUAUGCAGAGUAUCACAGCUCAACAGCGAACAAGUUAGCCUCUUCACAGAGAAAUGCCUUCAAUGUUCGCUCCUGUAAGGGUACAUGGAAAAUUCUAUUGCGUUUUCAUAUAGUUGCUCAUGUCGAUGUGCUAUGGCGAAAUUUAUGAACAGACAACAAAAUGCAAUCUUCUGUGGCUUCUUCUACUGAUUAUGUUUGUCUAUUUGGUGCUACAGGUAGUGUUUUUUUUCUUGGGUCAGAGCUUAAAGUAUAUUUUUAAUUAUCUUUGGCAAAUUUAAAAGCUUUUGUGUGUUUGUGAGACCUGCUUUGCUGAAUCAUCCUUAUCUUUUUUUUUUUGUUGAUAUGGUAAGAUGUGGACAAUAGUGGGUGGUUGGGGUUAAUAAUACUCUCUGGGAAUUUUUGUCUUUCUUUCACAUGUGUUGCUAUGAUGAAAAUGUGCACUGAAGUGUAAUUGAUGUAAACCGAGAAUCCAAAAUGGUAUAGAUUCAGUACUACUGUCUGAUUUUAAUGUGUCCUGUGUUUUAUACAGUGUAUUCAAUGGUCUUUUUGUUUUUAUUUACCCUUUUUGUUGUUUCCCAUUCUGCUUACUUUGGAAUUUUGACUAAAUUUGCAAAGGCAUUGUGCAAAAAUAUAAUUUCUUUUGAACUACUUGAAAUGCAUUAAUAAACCAGAAUUGAUCAAG